AUGGACUUCAUGGCAGCAGGACCUUCUCCUAAAAAGACGGAGAUGUCUUCAAACACGUCCUGGAUGACUGAGAAUCUCUGUGGAUUCCUGAAGACACCAGGAGAUGAGAUGGACACAUCAUGUGCAUCAUUCCUCAAACGCCAACCUUCUUUGGAGAAAGUGCCUUUAAAGUGUCCUGACGACUGCUCAGUGGUCCAGGCCCUUCAUCUCACCGGGUUGAGUCAGGCUCUCUGGACCUCUGGACCUCUGGACCUCUGGACCUCUGGACGGGACGUCCUGUCUCUGGCUGAAGCUCAGCUGUCUCACACCUCGUCUGCAGCCUUGUGUCGGAAACUCUCCUCAGUGGGACGGCGGGUUCUGUCCAUCGAGUCCGUCUCAAACGUCCAAGAUGGACAGGAAGGCUCCUGGGAGGCGAGAUGGCAGCACUCCAAACCCAGAAGUGUUCUGAGCAGACUGAGCUCAGACGAGCAGAGCAAAGAGACGCCUGACGCUCUCCUGACAAACACUUUGUCCAGACAGCAGGUGUGCAGAGGCUGGGACUCGUCCCUGUGGGCGGAGGACAUGGACAGCAGUGAAGGGGACGCCUCGGUCCUGACGGAUGAGACGGACUGCCGGUCUCACAACAGCUCCCCGGUGAGGAGGAGAGCCCAGCUGAGGUUCAGCAGGAUAAGAGGAGCCCUCAAUCGCUCUUGCUCUGUCCCAGACUCCAACAACCCCCCAUGCCUCUCCGCUUCGCCUCCUGGAGACAUAAGUAUUCCUGUUUCGGACCUGACGGAGAUCGGAGCAGAAGACCAGUCUGUGUGGAACAACAGAGGUCAAAAACUGGACCGAGGAAAGUCGUGUGAGUCGUACUCUUACCGUAACACCGAGGACCGCGAGGCAGCUUCGCCGGGACGUGAAGACGUGGACGACCACCGAGGAGACGCAACGGUUCAAGAGAGCACCGAAGGUCCGUCUGAGGACCAGAGUCCAGACCCGACAUCCUCAUACACUUCCUGUCAAGCACCAGAACAGGAGCAGAAGCUUUCAGAGGACCGGGUCGCACCGAACCACCUCUAUGUGUCAAAUAACCACAUGACCAAGAGCAUGUUGUGCCUGACUGAAGAAUCUCAGGAUGAGUGGAUCUCUCUACGAGAGCUGCUCGUUGGUGGUGGACGGAGGCUCGUGGUGACCGAGCUGUGGGCUCUGUGCUACACCUGCCUCUCCUCGCUGCAAACCUACACCGACUUUCCAGCGUACUUAUGUCUGGACACUGUGCACGUGAACUGCAGAGGAGAGGUGCUUUUUCUAAAACCUAAAAACAUCGAAAGCCAGGAUGACUUCUUUCUUGCACCUGAAUAUCAGGAACAUGGGAUCAUAACCGAGAAGGCCUGUGUGUACGGAGUCGCUGCUAUUCUCUGGGCCGCGGCCAAGUUCAGCCUGUCGUCCAAUCAAAAGCUGGCGCUGCCUCGCAAAAUGAAGCGGCUGCUGCUGGAGAUGGCGAAGAGAACGCCGAUGGAGAGACCGACCAUCGUCAUGGCUAAAAAGAGCUGUCUUUACAACCUGUCAUGUCAGGGCAUGAGUGCUGAGAACGUCUGGAGGAACCUCAUCAGCAGAGUUCACCCGCCAGUGUUGAAAUCCAACGAUGGAGAAGAUUGGAGAACAGCUGAAACUCAUCACAUCUCCUGUGAAGAAGCUGCACAAAACGGUGGCUUUGUUCCCACGGCCACUGAGAGCCGACUGGCUCCUGUGGCCGACCCUGUUCCCCACAGACCUCCAGCCCCUGAAGAGCUUCAGCUCCAGAGGCCGUCACUCCGCCGCCACACACUUCACCCCAUCAUCCUGAGCAGCGACGCAAACGAAGAGGAGGAGGAGAGCUGCCACUGA